UUUCUUCUUGUUCAUAUUCAAUUUUUGUCUCCCUUUUAGGAAGAUUUUUGUUUCAUUUGCUUCUUUGGUUCUGUCUUCAUGUUUUUCUAGAUUAUAACUUCAUAGGUUUUUUCUCUCUCUUUCACACAUACACAUAGUGGACUUCUAAGCUUUGAGGGAAGAUAUCAGGUCGUAAAGAGAUUGUUUGCCGGUUAUUUGUAACCGGUUUGAUAGUUAGGAAUUAAGAUGGCUACUUAUUAUCCUACUAGUUCAAGCAAUCAUCAAAGAGAUGUCUUUCAAAAUUCAUAUAUUUCAAGUGAUUCAUAUCAAGAAUCACCUUGCCCACCUGUUGAUAUGAUGUACCAAAACCAAACGUCUAACGACACCUCUUUCUUAGAGCUUUUAUCCGGUAAUAUGCAACCAAAUUCUCAAAUUCUAUCACGAGUUGAGGACCACGAUGAACAUAACUUGAAUUAUCAAGAAUUGUCGCUCAGUCUAGGAAUGCAGUUACCUUCUUCUUCCAUGGAUUUACCUGCUUUUCAAUACAAUUACUUGAAUUCCCAUCUACAAAAUUCAAGUGAUCAUGGUUCUCAAACGCAUAAAGUAGAAAACACCGAGUAUUUGUCAUUCAACUUGGUCGGUACUCCCAAAAAUGGAACUAUGAACAACGGUCAAUGCUCAAUUUCAGAUGCAUAUGAUGGUUCAUAUGGGGUUGUUGGCAGAAUCAUUGACUCCAAAUAUCUCAAACCGUCACAAGAAUUACUCGAUGAAAUAGCUAACCUUCGUGAAGCACUUAGUCAGCUAAAGAUGAACAGGCUUAGCAAUCUACACAAACUUCGUGUCGAUGGUGCUAAUGAAAAGGGUUCCAAAUCUAUUCAUCAAUCUGGUACUGUCGAAUCUGCUACUAGUUCAUCUGGUGAACUUUCGGCUUCUGACAAACAAGAUUUGCAAAACAAGUUGACAAAAUUGUUUUCGUUGUUAGAUGAGGUAGAUAGAAAAUACAGAGAAUAUUGCCAGCAAUUGCAAAGUGUUGAAGCAGGAUUAGACAUGGUGUCUGGAUGUGGGGCAGCAAGACCAUACACAGCACUUGCACAUCAAACAAUAUCUCGCCAUUUUCGGUGCUUACGUGACGCUAUUAAUGACCAAAUUCAGGUGACCCGUAAAAGCCUGGGAGACCAAGAUGAUUCAUCAGACCGUGUGUUACCACGUCUACGUAAUGUGGAAAAACAGCUUAGACAACAAAGAAGUUUUCAUCAGCUUGGAGGGACUCGUCAUACGUGGAGGCCACAAAGAGGGUUACCAGAAGGCUCGGUUUCCAUUCUUCGUGCUUGGCUUUUUGAGCAUUUUCUUAACCCUUACCCGAAAGAUUCAGAGAAAAUCAUGCUAGCAAAACAAACCGGUCUCACCCGUGGCCAGAUUGCAAAUUGGUUCAUCAAUGCACGAGUGCGCCUAUGGAAACCCAUGAUUGAAGAUAUGUACAAGGAAGAAUUUGGAGAUGAAGAAGGCAAUUAUGUCUCAUCACAAGAACAUGCAGUCAAAGCAUCAGUCCAUAACUCGUCGUCUUCAGAAGAUAAAGAUAAAGUAUUGGGUCCUGUAGAUGGACAUAUCGGUCAAUCUAGUGAUUCAAAUCCUGAAUUUUUCAACCAGAUGGAGGUCAGCAGGUUUGGCGAACCCCAGUUAUUAUCUGAUUAUGUUGUAUAAUAAAAAAUCGUUACACUAAGUGAUGAAAAAACCAUAGCAAAGAAGUGCACAUGACACACACGUAUGUUGAUAUCGGAUUGAAUUGUGUAAAUACGGAUGUGAAUAUAGGUGGUGUUUUGACCCUAGAACGGUAUAGUAAAGAAUUUUUCACCAAAGAUCAGCAUGUAAGUAAACAUAUUGUGAAUUCUUUCGAUUAAACAAACUUGUUAUGUGUUGAAAA